GAGGCGGAGGGUGGGGACUUUUCCGUCCGCGCUCGAGCCACCGGCGCCCCGGAGAUGGAAAGGAAGCGCUUCGAGUGCUCGGCGCUGCCCUCCGGCUGGAAGCGGGAGGAAGUGACUCGAAAGUCGGGUCUGUCGGCGGGCAAGAGCGACGUGUAUUACUACAGGUUGCCAGUACAUCACGCACCAUUCCCUGGCCAAGAAGAGAGACAGGUGAUCUGCUACCAGGCCUCUGCCAAUGUAGCUCUUGAGCUGUCCACUAGGAGCCCAAGUGGAAAGAAGUUCAGAAGCAAGCCGCAGCUUGCACGGUAUCUGGGGAACUCAAUGGACCUGAGCAGCUUCGACUUCCGAACAGGAAAAAUGCUCAUCAGCAAAUUGAAUAAAAACCGACAGAGGCUGCGCUUCGACUCUGCCAACCAGGUCAAGGGCAAGCCAGACCUGAACACUUCACUCCCUGUUAGGCAGACGGCUUCAAUCUUUAAGCAGCCAGUUACUAAAGUUACCAACCAUCCCAACAACAAAGUAAAAAUGGAUCCUCAGAAAGCUGUUGAGCAGCCACGACAGUUAUUCUGGGAGAAGAAACUUACUGGAUUGAAUGCCUUUGAUAUUGCAGAAGAAAUAAUUAAGACUAUGGAUCUACCUAAAGGUUUACAAGGUGUAGGGCCUGGAUGCACUGAUGAAACCUUGUUGUCUGCUAUUGCAAGCGCUUUGCACACUAGUUCAAAUCCUAUCACUGGCCAACUCUCAGCAGCAGUAGAAAAGAAUCCUGGUGUAUGGCUAAAUACCUCUCAACCUCUCUGCAAAGCUUUCAUGGUCACUGAUGAGGACAUUAGGAAGCAAGAAGAACUCGUACAACAGGUACGGAAGAAGUUGGAGGAGGCACUGAUGGCUGAUAUGCUGGCACAUGCUGAAGAAUCUGGAAAAGAAUCGGAUAUAGUGCAAGAUAAAGAGGACGACGUAUAGCCAAGGUUGUUACUUGAAUCCAGUGUUUUUCAGGGAAGUGUGGACAAAGACAAGUGAAAACAUUUGAAAGAAUGAGAAUCAAUGAAUAGUUGAAUCAUUUUGGAAUCUCCACACUCAAGCUGGUUUAUAUGUUUGAAAAACUACUUUUCCAGUUUUUAAAGUGCUUUUUGUCAGAUGGAAACGGUCAUUUGUGAUGGGCAUGUAGACCAUUGCCAGUAAUCAUUUUUAAACUUGGUUUGUUUUUAUAUGCAUAUUUUUUAAAGCUAUGUAAAAUAUUGUAAAAAUGAUAUGCGCAAGUUGUCUAGCAAUAGGUACAUCCUAAUGUUUGUGAUUUAAUUGUGAAAUAAGUGUACAUCUUUAGUGACUCGUGCACUAAAGAAUGACUCAGUAUUUCUAGUUUUGUUUGUUACAUUUCUAGAGCAUUGCCUCAUUAAAGGAUUAAGAAUGCAUUCUCAACCCAGAAACUGCAUUCAUGCAUGUUCUGUGAAAUUCGUUUGAUUUGUUUUAUAAUGCAUGUCUACAGUUCCUCCCACCCUUGUUAAGUGUACAUUAUGUGUAGUGGAACUAAACUGUAAAAGUUGGAAUAGCUUGUCAAUAAAAUCUUGUUGCCAUAUGUUUUCUAUUAAAACCAGUAACAUUUUGAAAUUAUUGUGAAUGAGCUUGGAUUUGCGGUGAUAUACAGCAAUGUUCUGUUUUAGAUUUGGGUGCAACCAGUGUAUUUAACUGCCAAAGGCAAAGGAAAGCUAGUUUUUGUAUAAAUAAAGGCAAUGGUGAACUUGUGUUUUGAAGUAAUUAAAAUUCCAGUCCUAUAGAUCUUUGAAAAUUUGAGGAGCAGGUAAUAAAACUAAUGAAAGCAAAUUUCAGAAGUUUCAAAUCUCAGUAAAUUCUGUAGCGGAAUUAAGGUCAAAUGUGAUGAAAUGUGUUGUCUCUUUUUCCUGUGUGGAAGAACCUCCAGCAAUUUGUAUCUCAUUUGUGUUACUGGCAGAGUGAUGUUAAAAAGGAUGUUUAGAUCAUUUCAGUAUCCUGUAGUUGUACCCUCGGGGCAUUCUAUAAUUAGUAACACAAAAUUCUGGAGGAAUUCAAGUGAGGCAGCACCAAUGGAGAGGAAUAAACAGUUGACAUUUAAGGUUGAGCCAUUCAUCGGAACUGGAAAGGAACGGGGCGGAAACUAGCAGAUUCUGGCCGCUGUCCCUUUUUCCAGUCCCAAUAGAGUCUUGGCACAAUGUCAACUGUUUAUUCCCCUCCUCAGAUGCUGCCUGAUUCGCUGAAUUCCGCCAGAAUUGAGUGUAGCCUCAAGGUUUCCAGCAUCUGCAGAAUCUUAUUUUGUUUCAUUUUUUUUUAAAUUAUUGACAUGAAUAGGCCCUUUUAGCCCUUUGAGGCACACCGCCCAGAAAUCCCCCAAUUUAAUACUAGCCUAAUCCUAAGACAGUUUACAAUGACCAACUAACAUGCCAACCAGUAUGGCCUUAGAAUGUACAAACUUCUAACAUGCAGUGGUGGGUCAGACUUUAAUGCAAAUAAAUCUGGAAACAGCAGGUCAGGCAGAAUAUGUAGAGGGGGAAAGUUGAUGUUUUGUGUUUGAGAUCCUUUGCCAGAACUGGAAAGGAGAAAACCAGUUCAUAGUUCCAGAGGUGGUGUGGGAGGGUGAAUAGAACAAAGACUUCAUUUUCUGAGAACUGUUUGCAACCUGAACAGUUGUAAAUGUAAAUGCAGAGUUCCGGUAUGGCAGAAGAUUCCUGCAGCCUUAUUUGUUUUGUAAACACUGAUUUGUAUGUAUGAGCUGUACAGAAGAUGGAUAGCAUCGGCAUCUCUAGGGUGAGACCAAAGGAGUGAAUUUAAAUGUGCCACACAAAAUGCUGGAGAAACUCAGCAGCUCAGGCAGUAUCUGUACAAUACAAAUCUGUAUUUUUUUUUGAUGGUCGAAGAGUCUGUCAAACAGGUGUUAGGAUAUGAUACAAAAUAGGAUGUGAAGCUUCACUUAAUGAAACUUAGAAACCUCCAAUGAAACACUACACAAUAUCACUGACUUUUCUCUCCCCCCCCCCCGAAAAGUUCUUUAUUCUAAAGAUCAUGCAUGUGACAUAAGACAUAGAAGUAGGAUAGGGCCGUUGAAACUUCUCUGCUGUUUGAUUGCUGCUGAUGAGGAUUUAUUUUGCAAUAUCCUGUCUGAUAUUUAAAUAUAAAUUGAGAUCACAAACUAAAAUUUACCUCAGUAGUAGGACUUUUUAAAAGAAAACCACUUAAUUAUGAGAAAAUUAAAUUCAUAAGUGAUUCAAGAGUGUGAUUUUAAAAGUUGAAAUAAUGUUUAAAACUGCUAAUAUUUUAAAUGUGAGUUAUGAAAUUUCAGUUGUAUUUAAGCUUGUUUCUAGACUAAACCAAAUA